UUGGUGAUAGGGGAUGAAAUGAGAACUGAGAAGGAAGGAUUAAGUCCAAAGGAGCAUGUGUCCAAAGAAACAGAGUCCUUCAGACUGAGUGGGGGGCUGCCAGGGACUGUUUCCCAGCACUUUAAUUUUGGGAGCGGCCUAGAGCAGCCCCGAGGUCAUUGGAUAAUUAAGACAAAGUCAAAGAGCAGACAUUUGACAGAUACCUCAGCCAGGUACCAUGAGGCCUCUGUGGUCAAGAAUGGAGAGAAGUUUGAGAGAUUAGGAAAAAAUAUCAGUGUCAGCACACAACUAACUACGAAGAAGACAGUUCCUAGUGGUCAGAUAGCUUAUGAAUGUGGGAAAUGUGGCAGAUAUUUCAUUCGAACGGCAGACUUCCACCGACAUCAGAAAUGUCACAUUGGUGAAAGGUCUUUUGAAUGCAAAGAAUGUGGAAGACUUAGAUAUAAUUUGUUACUUAUUCGGCAUCAGAUAAUUCACACUGGCAAGAAACCAUUUAAAUGUAAAGAAUGUGCAAAAGGUUUAAGUUCACACACAGCGUUGACUCAGCGUCAGAGAAUCCACACUGGAGAAAAGCCCUGUGAACGUAAGGAGUGCGGCAAGGCCUUCAGUAGCAGCUCGGUCUUCCUCCAGCACCAGAGGUUUCACACUGGGGAGAAGCUCUAUGAAUGUAAUGAAUGUUGGAAAACUUUCAGUUGCAGCUCGAGUUUCACCGUCCAUCAGCGAAUGCACACUGGGGAGAAACCGUAUGAAUGUAUACAGUGUGGAGAACGAUUAAGCUCACACACAGCCUUGACUCAGCAUCAGCGAAUUCACACUGGGGAGAAGCCCUUUGAAUGAGAGUGUGGGAAGGCAUUCAAUCAGAAAAUAGCCCUGGUUCGGCACCAGCCAGUUCACACUGGUGAGAAACCUUAUGAGUGUAAAGUGUGUGGUAAAACCUUCAGCUGGUGUGGAAGAUUCAUUCUGCAUCAGAAACUACACACUCAGAAGACACCUAUCCAAGCAUAGGGCUAUCCAUAGUUAGGCACACUGUGUCUCUCCUUUUUUCUGUUUAUUAUUUUUUUUGAGACAGAGUCUUGCUCUUUCGCCAGGCUGGAGUGCUGUGGCG